UAUGNCUUUCCCCCUCUCAAGUAUCUCAUGUAUACGCCUUCGUUCCACUCUCUGCAUCACACUCAAUUUCGAACCAACUACUCCCUCUUCAUGCCAUUUUAUGAUUUUAUCUAUGGAACGACGGACAAAUCCUCAGACUCGCUAUAUGAAAGUUCACUUGAUAGAAAAGAGGACAAAGCUGAUGUAGUUCAUCUAACGCAUCUAACUACCCCUGAAUCCAUAUAUUAUAUGCGUCUAGGAUUUGCAUCCCUGGCCUCUAAGCCUCACAGUUCGACGUGGUACCUUUGGUUAAUAUGGCCUGUGACACUUUGGUCGACGAUGGUAACUCGGAUUUAUGGACGCACAUUUACGGUUGAGAGAAAUGUCUUCAAACAUCUAAAGUUACAAACAUGGGCCAUUCCAAAAUAUAAGAUCCAGUAUUACAUGAAAUCGCAAAGAGAAUCAAUCAAUAGUUUGAUUGAGGAUGCGAUACUGGCAGCUGAUGAAAAGGGCAUUAAGGUGUUGAGCCUUGGUCUACUGAAUCAAGAAGAAGAACUAAACGGAAUUGGAGAGCUUUUUGUAAGAAGACACCCCAAGCUAAAAGUCAAGCUGGUAGAUGGAAGCAGUUUAGCUGUUGCUGUUGUCCUGAAUAGCAUUCCAAAAGGAACAACCCAGGUGGUCUUUCGUGGAAAUCUGUCGAAGGUUGCUUACUCCAUUGCCCUUGCUUUAUGCCAAAGGGAAAUACAGGUAAACGUAAUACGUGAGGAUGAGUACAACAAGCUUAAAGCAAGGCUCAGCACUGAGGCUGUAAAAAAUUUGGUCCUGUCUAAAAGCAAUGCUCCAAAGAUAUGGAUAGUAGGAGAUGGACUGAGUAAGGUUGAACAAUUAAGGGCAUCAAAAGGAACAGUAUUCAUUCCAUUCUCACAAUUUCCACCGAAGAAAUGGCGCAAAGACUGUUUCUACAACAAUAUACCAGCGAUGUUGGCUCCUAAGCAUCUUCAAAAUGUUGACUCUUGCGAGAAUUGGUUGCCAAGAAGGGUAAUGAGCGUAUGGCGUAUAGCGGGAAUAUUGCAUGCUUUGGAAGAUUGGAACGUGCACGAGUGUGGAAAAAUGAUGUUCGACGUUGAUAAAAUCUGGCAAGCCAGUCUUGUCCACGGUUUCAGUCCUAUUAUGAUGUCCACGUCCACCGACUCAAAGCCAUAUUAGACUAAAUUAUGAACUCUGAGUUCAAGUGCUGGGAACUUUGGAUGUGUAUAUGAUGGAAAGAAUGUGGAAUAAAAUGGAACAGCAAUUUGACAGGAGAGUGAAAAUAUAUGUAUCAUUUCGUGUGCUUAAGUGAUAUCUAAAGUGAAAAAUAAAUGUGCUGAAGAGUUUAA